CGGUCACUGCAUUCAAUUCCACACACACAAAUACACAGGAAGCCUCAGUGUCCGUAGAGAUCAGGGUUACACAGUAGUGGGGAAGACAUCCAGUGAUUGUGAGACACAGCCAACAGCCGUCCCCAUGUAUCAGGUGGACUGAGCAGGACCCAGAGGCUCAUCACGGUGCCUCCACCUCACUCACUGAUACAUGAGUGACACAAUGAUCAGAAGAUCCUGGAACUCACCAACAAGAUCAUUCAGCUGCUGACUGGAGAGGAGGAGGAGUAUAUAGAGGAACACAGGGGUCUGUACAAGGACGUGAUGAUGGAGAAUCACCGGCCCCUCACAUCACUGGAUGGGCCCAGUAACAGAGAUACCCCAGAGAGAUGUCCCCGUCCUCUGUAUCACAGGACCCCACAGGAGGAUCAGGUAGAACAUUUGUCUGAUAUUAAAACAGAAGAUAUAGAGGGAGAAGAACAGACGUAUGUGACUGAUAUAAAGGCAGAAGAUAUAGAGGGAGAAGAUGAGACUUAUGUGACUGAUAUAAAGGGAGAAGAAGAGACGUAUGUGCCUGAUAUAAAGGCAGAAGAUAUAGAGGGAGAAGAAGAGACGUAUGUGACUGAUAUGAAGGCAGAAGAUAUAGAGGGAGAAGAAGAGACGUAUGUGACUGAUAUAAAGGCAGAAGAUAUAGAGGGAGAAAAAGAGACUUAUGUGACUGAUAUGAAGGCAGAAGAUAUAGAGGGAGAAGAAGAGACAUAUGUGAGGGGUGAUCAGCAGUGUGAGGAGGAGGAAAUCCCUACAGAUAUCAGCAUAGCGGGUGGACACACAAGCAGGAAUAUCUCAGAAGGACAUCUAAUGUUAUCCCUGGAUUGUGACAUAAAAGAUAAUGACAGUAGACAGGAUUCUCCAGGAACUAACCCCAUUACCCCAAUUAUACAUCCAGCUCUAUCAGCUGGUCCCUUUGAUCCAGGGAAAUGUUCUCCUGAUCACUCUGAUGUUGGUGCAUCUGUUACAGCUCUGACAGUAGACACAUGGUUUCCCUGUUCUAUAGAUGCCAAAUGUUUUACACAGAAAACAAAGCUUAUUACCCAUCAGACAGGUAAGGCAGGUGAGAGGCCAUUUCCAUGUUCUGAGUGUGGGAAAUGUUUUACAUACAAAUCAGUUCUUGUUACACAUCAGAGAAGGCACACAGGUGAGAGGCCAUUUCCAUGUUCUGAGUGUGGGAAAUGUUUUACAUACAAAUCAGUUCUUGUUACACAUCAGAGAAGGCACACAGGUGAGAAACCAUUUCCAUGUCCUGAGUGUGGAAAAUGUUUUUUAAGUAAAGCACAUCUAGUUUCACAUCAGGAAACUCACACAGGUGAGAAGCCAUUUUCAUGUUCUGAGUGUGUGAAAUGUUUUACACAUAAAUCAGCUCUUGUUAGACAUCAAAGAACUCACACAGGUGAGAGGCCAUUUCCAUGUUCUGAGUGUCGGAAAUGUUUUGCACAGAAAUCAGAUCUUGUUGCACAUCAAAGAAGUCACACAGGUGAGAAGCCAUUUCCAUGCUCUGAGUGUGGGAAAUGUUUUAUACAGAAAUCAAAUCUUUUUACACAUCAGAGAACUCACACAGGUGAUAAACUAUUUCCAUGCUCUGAGUGUGGGAAAUGUUUUACCCGAAAAUCACAACUUGUUACACAUCAUCGAAGUCACACAGGUGAGAAACCAUUUCCAUGUUCUGAGUGUGGUAAAUGUUUCACAGGGAAAUCAGCUCUUGUUAGACAUCAAAGAACUCACACAGGUGAGAAACCAUUUCCAUGGUCUGAGUGUGGGAAAUGUUUUCUACAGCAAUCAUAUCCUGUUGAACAUCAAAGAACUCACACAGUUGAGAGUCCAUUUCCAUGUUCUGAGUGUCGGAAAUGUUUUGCCCAGAAAACAGAUCUUGUUGCACAUCAAAGAAGUCACACAGGUGAGAAGACAUUUCCAUGCUCUGAGUGUGGGAAAUGUUUUAUACAGAAAUCAAAUCUUUUUACACAUCAGAGAACUCACACAGGUGAGAAACCAUUUCCAUGCUCUGAGUGUGGGAAAUGUUUUACCCGAAAAUCACAACUUGUUAUACACCAUCGAAGUCAUACAGGUGAGAAACCAUUUCCAUGUUCCGAGUGUGGAAAAUGUUUCACAGGGAAAUCAGCUCUUGUUAGACAUCAAAGAAAUCACACAUGUGAGAAACCAUUUACAUGUUCUGUGUGUGAGAAGUAAAUCAGCUUUGUUUCACACAAUAGACAUCAAACAGGUGAGGAACCUUUUUAAUCUCAUCAUCACCAUUGCUAUGCAUUGUUUCUCAAGUUCCUGUCCUAUCUCCUUUGCUUUUUGCAAUAUGCAUGCUUCUACUGGGUGAAACAAUCAGAUGUCAUAACCUGGUCUACCACUGCUAUGCAGAUAACCUGUCUUUCUCUAACGUCCUAGUGGAUACUGGGGUGGUAUUAGUACCAUGGGGUAUAGAUCGGGUCCAUUAGUGUGUGCUGGCUCCUCCCCUCUAUGCCCCUUCUAGCAGACUCCGUUUAGAAAAAUGUGCCCAAGAAACCGGGUGCAUUCUCUGGAGCUCCAGAGAGUUUUCUUAAAAUUUAUGUUAGUUUAUUAUUUUCAGACAGCGCUGAUUGGCACCAGUCUGCCUGCGUCGUGGGACUUAGGGGGGAACCGAACCAACUUAAUAGUUAAUGGUUUGUAUCCCCGCUGACAGGACACUCGCGUGUGAGCUUAUGCCAGUAGCAUGCCGCCACCCCUAACAUGCCGAAGUAGAUGCAUUGAGUAAUACGCAGGGGUCCCGGUUAGCAGGUCCCUGGUGCAAAUGGUGGCAAAAGGGUGCGGCAGUCACAGGCCUCGAGCUGCGGUGCCUACUGUGGACCCCACACUGCCACACUGAACAUAGGGUUACUCUCUUUAUAUACACAUGUAUUACAAGAUGGUUUUACUAUUUAUGUCAGUAUAAUCUGCUAGGGACCGUGUGUCAUGUAAGGGGCGGGGCUUUCCAGAGAGCGGGUCCAGAGGCUGGAAAGGCGCCAUUUCCUGCUGCUGGUUACAGACUGCACGCUCAAUCUGCUCCUCCACAGAGGCCACUGCACCACGUUUUUUUCUGGUACCAGGGGGUCUGAUAGAAAGUUGGGGGAGCGCAUAUAUAGCGGUUACACCGCUGGACACAUAACAUGUGUAAAAUAUACCCAGCGGAGCCCUGCCCUGAGCUGAGGUAUUGUGUGCUGGUCCCAUUCCUCUCUGUGUUCCUCCAAUCAGGGUUGUCUGGGUUACUGUGCUGUUCCCUAUUGUGUGUCACUGCACUGUGAUAUAAAUAUCUGUGUUUUUUGCUGUAAGCUUGUCUGAGAAAACAUCUUUGUGUCCUUCUUGCAACACCAAGUUUACACCCUCUUCCCAGGGGUCCCUGCUCUGUACCCAGUGUUCUCUACCUUCACAGGGUAGUGCUUUGCAGGAACCUGCAUGGUUGGACUCAUUCAAAACAAUGAUUACAUAUAUAAAGUCACCUGCUGCAAAGCAGGAGAGACAAACCCUGAGACAGUCUGUAGAAGAGUACAUUAUUAAGACGUCUGAUCACAGACAGCCAACUCAGCCCCCUCUGGUGGUCUUUCAUAAACGUACACUCCCACAGGUGCUCCAGUCUGACACUGACACUGAACUACCAGAGGAUGUAGAGCUGGAGGGGGAAGAUGGCAACACACUGUCCCCGGAGGUUGAGGCCUUAAUUUAUGCUAUUAAGGAUGUCCUCAACUUACA